AUGUACAAGAUGAACGUCUGCAACAAGCCCUCCAACAAGACAGCCCCUGAGAAGAGUGUGUGGACAGCGCCUGCACAGGCCAGCAGACCCUCCCUGGAGCUGCAGGGCCAGCGGUCCCGCCGGAAUGGGUGGAGCUGGCCCCCUCACCCGCUCCAGAUUGUGGCUUGGCUGCUGUACCUCUUCUUCGCUGUGAUUGGCUUUGGGGUCCUUGUUCCCCUCCUGCCUCACCACUGGGUGCCCGCUGGCUAUGCUUGCAUGGGCGCCAUCUUUGCCGGCCACCUUGUGGUUCACCUGACUGCUGUCUCCAUCGAUCCAGCAGAUGCCAAUGUGAGGGACAAGAGCUAUGCAGGCCCCCUGCCCAUUUUCAACCGCAGCCAACAUGCACACGUCAUUGAAGACCUGCAUUGCAACUUGUGCGACGUAGAUGUGAGCGCUCGCUCCAAGCACUGCAGCGCCUGCAACAAGUGCGUGUGCGGUUUCGACCACCACUGCAAGUGGCUCAACAACUGCGUGGGCGAGAGGAACUACAGGCUCUUUCUACACAGUGUGGCAUCUGCUUUACUGGGUGUCCUGCUCCUCGUGCUGGUGGCCACUUAUGUCUUUGUGGAGUUCUUUGUCAACCCCAUGCGGCUGCGCACCAAUCGCCACUUUGAAGUCCUGAAGAAUCACACAGAUGUGUGGUUCGUGUUCCUGCCCGCUGCCCCUGUGGAGACCCAGGCUCCUGCCAUCCUAGCCCUGGCUGCCCUACUCAUCCUUCUGGGCCUGCUUUCCACAGCCCUGCUUGGCCACCUGCUGUGCUUCCACAUUUAUCUCAUGUGGCACAAGCUCACCACCUAUGAGUACAUCGUGCAGCAUCGCCUGCCACAGGAGGCAAAGGGGGCCCACAGGGAGCUCGAGUCAUGUCCCCCCAAGAUGCGGCCCAUUCAGGAGAUGGAGUUCUACAUGCGGACCUUCAGCCAUGUGCGCCCAGAACCCCCUGGCCAGGCCAGGCCUGCCACCGUGAAUGCCAAAGACUCUGCCUCCCCGGAUCCGACCCCAGGUGAGGGGGACUGUGCUGGGCCCAUGAGGAAGGGUAUGGGAAAGAAGCCUCUACCCUGCCCCACUCCUCUCCUUCUUUGGGUGAAGUGGGGUUUGGGGAAGGGGCACUCAGGCUUCCCAUGUCUCUGCAGAAAAAGAGGAAGCGGCGUGUGUAUAAGGUGCCAACGUCUGGCACCUCGGAUCGGGAAUCGCCGCUGCCCAGGCUGCCGGGGCCCAGGGGCCCAGGUCGCAGCUCCAGCUCAUCAUCAGAUUCCGCGGGCGCCAGCCCAGUGCAUGCCACUGGACCUGCAGGCGCCUACCACUCGGCGUCAGCAGAGUCCAUGGAUGAGAUUCCAGUGGCGCAGACACGCCUGGGCAGCGCUGCUCUGGCCACCCCUGGAGGCAGGGGCCGAGAGCCGGGGCUGGCGCUGCAGGUGCGUGCGCCCGCUGUUUUCGUGA